AUGAAAAAAAUCUAUUUUUUUUUUUGUUGUUUUUUUUUUAAUCACACACGACGUUAAAUAGAUGGUUUGUAGUGUUUAUUUGUCCAUCUACAGGCUAAAUGUUGAAGUACAAGAUGGAAAAUUGUGUGCUGUUUACAAACAGGUUACACUACGGUGUCAUUUUCAUUCCUAUGUAUAUAUAUAUAUAUAUAAAAAUUAGGUUUUUGGUCGGGUUUUAUGAUCAUGGGUUGCCAGACUGCUGGCUUUUCCCUCAGGUUGUUUACUCGUUUAAUUCCGCUCAAAUCACUAUACCUGGCAUAUUUUAACAUGACAGAACAAUUACAACAAACAGAAUUGACUAACAUUUAAUUUAAGUUGGUUAAAAAAAACAGGUCUACUCGGUAAGAAAUUAGGUUAAAACCAUGCCAAUCUGGCAACCCGAUCUAUGCGUGAGAAUACGUUUUUUGUUUUUUUUUGGUCUCUUUGCAAUGGAACGUUAGCGGCGCGCGCGUGGGAGGGGCGUGACUCGUGAUCAUUACUAUUCAGAGCGCAGUCGAGUCUGAUUGGUCGACGACGAGUUCGAAAGUGCGGACAGUCCCCGCCCACAGUUCGCCUGACUGUCUGGUAUAAAUUGAGGAAAGCGGCGGUGUAGGAGUUCAGUGAGGCUUUUGUGUUGUUUUGGGUUCGUGCCCACGCUGGAAAACUACCGCGACAGUCAUGACCAUCCAAACGGAGACGAGCGUGAGCGCUCCGGCGAUGACCUACUCUAAAACAAGGGGACUGGUGGCUAAUCUCAGCGCUUUUAUGAAACAGAGGAAAAUGGGACUGAAUGAUUUUAUUCAGAAACUGGCGACCAGCUCCUACGCCUGCAAGCACCCAGAGGUAGACUCCAUCCUGACCUUGACACCACCGCAAGAUCCCGAGCUAAUGACGAGCAACCCUUCUCCUCCUCCCAGUCCGUCUCAGCAGAUAAACCUGGGGCCUUCGUCCAACCCGACUGCUAAGCCGUCCGACUUCAACUUCCUGAAGGUUAUCGGAAAAGGCAGCUUCGGAAAAGUUCUUCUGGCUCGCCAUCACGGCGAUGACAAAUUCUACGCGGUUAAAGUGCUACAGAAGAAAGCCAUCCUGAAGAAGAAAGAGGAGAAACACAUCAUGUCCGAGCGGAACGUGUUACUGAAAAACGUGAAGCACCCGUUCCUCGUGGGCCUGCAUUACUCCUUCCAAACUGCCGACAAACUGUACUUUGUGCUGGACUACAUCAAUGGUGGAGAGCUGUUCUAUCACCUUCAGAGGGAACGGUGCUUUCUGGAACCCCGUGCCCGUUUCUACGCUGCUGAAAUCGCCAGCGCCCUGGGCUACUUGCACUCCCUGAACAUCGUCUACAGGGACCUGAAGCCCGAAAACAUCCUCCUGGACUCGCAAGGACACAUCAUCCUAACAGACUUCGGCUUGUGCAAGGAGAACAUAGAGCCUAACGGAACCACGUCCACGUUCUGUGGGACGCCGGAGUAUUUGGCUCCGGAGGUGUUGCAUAAGCAGCCGUAUGACCGGACAGUGGACUGGUGGUGUUUGGGCGCCGUGCUCUAUGAAAUGCUGUAUGGCUUGCCUCCAUUUUAUAGCCGCAACACAGCGGAGAUGUACGACAACAUCCUGAACAAGCCUCUGCAGCUGAAGCCCAACAUUUCCAACGCUGCCCGCCAUCUGCUGGAGGGUCUUCUGCAGAAGGACCGUACCAAGAGGCUAGGCUGCACAGAUGACUUUAAUGAGAUCAAGAACCACAUGUUCUUCUCCCCUAUUAACUGGGACGAUCUGAAUGCUAAGAAGCUCACCCCUCCCUUCAACCCCAACGUGACUGGCCCCAACGACCUGCGGCACUUCGACCCAGAGUUUACAGACGAGCCAGUGCCGAGCUCCAUCGGCUGCUCCCCAGACAGCGCUCUGGUGACGGCCAGCAUCAGCGACGCGGCCGAGGCCUUUCUGGGCUUCUCCUACGCUCCUACUAUGGACUCGUACUUGUAGCCCGUCACCAUGGAGACACCAUCCCAUAGACUCUGAAACCGUAGCUCAUUACCAUGGAAAUGCCGUCCCAUGGAGUCCCACCUGUAGUGCAUCACUAUGAGAAUGAAGCCAGCCCCAUUGCCCCGCCCCUGGAUUGGGGGCCCCUGUUUGCACAUGGCCUUAGGCAGCUCCAUAGGCCUUGGUUUAAAGGCCUUAAUCGUACACAUGAGAGAAUUGACUUUCUUUCAUCAUCAUUGUCGUCUUGUCUGUCUAUGCAGAGCAUGGUUACUUCACCGCUUACAUACGCCCUGGUCAGACCGUUCUGAAUGGACAGAGAGAGAGAAAGAAAAUGUGCAGGAGUGCUAAUGGACUUUAUUUUCAAGUUUGUUCGUUUUUUUUUUUUUUUUCCCACCCACAAAUUCGAGGGUAUUGCUGUUGUCAGAAUGUGAAUGCUCUGUUUCCAGAGGACUGUGUGUAUAUGUGCCUUCAUCUUCCCUCUCCCUCAUGAGUCCUCUGGGUUAUAUGACCACAAUCUGUCACCAAUUGCAUGACCUCAGGUUUGGUUGCACAAUUAGCCUAUGAUUUAAGCAUCACACUUUCCUUUUUUUAAUUUUUUUAUUUUUUUUAUUUUCAUCACCCGGCCAUUUUUUUAUUCCCCUUGAUUGAGUGGGCCGACGCUGGAGGAGAUCUGCUGCUAUGUAUGCGUGUAGAUAGACGCCUGGACCGACCAAUCAGACGCCUUCAUCUCACCUUUAGUCUUCCAGCCUCCUUUUUGUGAUGUAACAAAGCCGCUCAGAAAAACAAAAGCAUUCCGUCUGUGUCCGCUCAUCACAUUCCUCUCGAUAUGACUGACUGUGUACUGCUAUUUAAGUUUGUUUGUAUAUUUUGAGUCUGUGUAUUAGUUUUAAUAUAUAUGGAACAAAGCAACUAAGGAUAUGCUUACAUGUAAUGAUAACUGUUAAACAUGUACUGUAAAAUUGUAAAAUGUUUGAUUUAUGUGACUGUUCGGUUUGCAAUAAAACAAUAUUGUUAUUUUCCCCAAA